CAAUUCUAUUCUAGUUAUUUAGCGUCUGGCAGUAACAAUCGCGUAUUGAUCUUGUUCUGUCCAUUCAGCAUGCUUUCCCGCACUCACCGCCUUGGGUUCAGUCAAGCCGAUUAACAGCGCGUACUCUAGCCAUCUUGACUCAUAAUGACUCUGAAGACAUCAACAUCAGGCAAAUCCUGCCGUUCGAGUUCACUGGAGAUCACUCGAGGCUCCUCCCUUGAGGAGGUCGCCUGAAAGUUCUGGCGAAUAUCAAGUAUUUCGCACGUACAUAAUCUCCUAUCUUUCCUUCUGACGUCCCGCAUCUGCGGCAACGACUUUUUUAUCCGCUGGUUGAUAAUCUUCCCCACCGGACCGCUGCCACAGAACGUGCCGAGAGUUGCGAAAGCUCAGCAGUCGCCCGUCCUGUGAAGUAUCCCCUAUCUUGUCGGUCCCGUCUUGUUCGGUUCCUUGUUUGUGACUGGGACACCACAAUGGCAGAUCAAGCCUCAGCUCAAGGAGGAGCUCCACGCGGUCCGCGGGACUCGAACAACCCCUCACACCCAGCGGCUGACGGCAGCGGGUCUAGAGACUCAAGAGGGAGAGGAAGAGGCGGUAGAGGAGGACGAGGCGGCCGCGAUAGGCAAAAUCGCAGCCAGAAGAACCGACAGCCAGGUGUAAAUGCGACAUCAGGAGAUGGCGGACGAACUCCUGGCGCAAGUUCCGGAGGCAAAGGCACCACCGGUGAUCACUCGACCGGAAAUUCAACGACAGAGGGUGAGGAUAAGGGCAAGCUGCCGGCUGGUGUCACAGCGGAAGAAGACGCGGAUGACGCUGAGGUCUGCUUUAUCUGCGCAUCAAAGGUCGAGCAUACGUCUGUUGCGCCAUGUAACCACCGCACUUGUCAUAUCUGCGCGUUGCGGCUGAGAGCCCUGUAUAAGACCAAAGCUUGCGCGCACUGCAGGACCGAAUCCAGCUUUGUCAUCUUUACCGAUGACCCCCUUAAGCGCUACAACGAGUUCAAUGAGUCGGAUUUCGUCAGAAAGGAUGACAACUUAGGAAUCAAGUAUGAGAAGGACGAAAUCUUCGAGGACACUGUAUUGCUACUGCGGUACAACUGCCCGGAUGAAGACUGCGAUGUAGCGUGUUUGGGCUGGCCAGACCUUCAUCGCCAUGUCAAAACCAAGCAUGGAAAGGUGAUGUGUGACCUCUGCACAAGGAAUAAAAAGGUAUUCACACAUGAACAUCAAUUGUUCACAACAGCAGAACUUCGGAAGCAUGAGAAGUAUGGUGACAAUAAGCCUGGAGAGGUUAACCAGAGUGGGUUCCGUGGUCAUCCUGAGUGCGGAUUCUGUCGCCAGCGUUUCUACGGCGAUGAUGAGCUUUAUGCCCAUUGCCGAGACAAACACGAGCGCUGCCACAUAUGUGACCGCCGGUCUGGGAACCGUCAACAACAGUACUACAUUGACUACAACGCACUUGAGGAUCAUUUCCAGAAAGACCACUUCCUCUGCUUGGAUAAGGAGUGUCUCGAGAAGAAGUUCGUCGUCUUUGAGUCUCAGAUGGACUUGAAAGCCCACCAACUAGAAGCACACCCUAACGGCCUUUCAAAAGACGCAAGAAGGGACGCUCGUCUAGUCGAUAUGUCCGCUUUCGACUACCGCGCUCCGUACCAGGCCUCGAGGCCUCGCAGGGAGCGUGGAGCAGGUAGAGGACGUGAUCCGAACGCGGAGCCUCUUCCAGUCUCUAGUGCUCAGCCGCUGAGAAGAGACGAAAUAGCAUAUCAGCGACAGGUGGCUAUCCAGAGUGCUCAGUCCGUAUCGACGCGAAGCUUCGGUGGCCAGCUGACACGUAACGAUACUCAGCCUGUCCGCGCACCCGCCCGUCCUGCUGAUCCUACACCUGCUCAAGCUGCCGCUGCUGCCUCUGCUGCACGCAAUCCUCCAGUUUCGGCGAUGGAGAACCUCAAUAUCAGUGCCACCACCGGUCCUCUUACUCCUCAAGAGCAAGCUCGUCGUCUCCGCCAUGCUGCCGUGAUCGAGCGGGCGUCUACCCUGCUCCGUAAUGAUCAGAUCAAGAUAUCCGAGUUUCGCGCCAAAGUCUCCAGCUACCGCACUUCAGCCAUCUCCGCCACCGAACUUCUCGACGCAUUCUUCUCCUUGUUCGAUACGUCUAGUUCCGAACUUGGCAAGCUUAUCAAGGAGCUGGCCGAAAUAUACGAAGAUGAGUCAAAACGCAACGGCCUCCUGAAAGCUUGGAACGAUUGGCGGGCCAUCAACGAAGACUAUCCCGCUCUUCCUGGACCCAGCGGUAUGGUGCCUGGCCUAACACUUGGUACUGUCAGCGGCGCGGGUGGCGGUGGUAAGCGUGUGUUGCGCCUGAAGUCCUCAACCGCUCAGUCUUCUCGGUCUGUCGUUAGCAGAAGCGGAGCCAAUGCGUUCCCGGCUUUGCCAACCGCUGCAGCGAGGGCUUCUAACAACAGGAUGUCUUCUAACAAUAGAAGCUCCACGGUCUGGGGUAAUAGUGGUACUCAGAACAUAUCUUCUCCUGGUCCGUCUUCUGUUACCGUUCGGCCUGCCUCUCGCCCUGCUACGACCGCGUCGCACGUAGCCGGCAACACCACUCGAGCAGCAGUUCCACGCGACAGCGAGGCAUUCCCCUCUCUGCCACCCGCUGCGAAGCCUAACGUCCUCAUGGCCGGUCUUACGCGCGGCACUGUCCGCUGGGACGACCGUCGUGGACCAGCCCCAAGUGCCUGGGGAACUGGCAGUUCCAACAGUGCUUCUGCCCAACCUGAGAACGAAGAGUCUGCUAACGACAACCAUACUGGGAAGAAAGGAAAAGGAAAGAAGGGAAAACAGACUCUCUUCCACUUUGGUUGAUAGCCUCCUUAGGGUCACUGUUUUAUUUCCGGGCCCUAUGCACGCUGAUUCGGUUUCCAUGCAUAUGUUGGAGUCAUCAAGGGAUUUGUCUCCGUCUUAGUUUCUCUUUUUUAUCUUUACUUUGAGACUGGUUGGAUGUGUAGAGUAGUAUUUCGAGCCAGUUCCGGUGCAUGAGCAAAAAGGAAAAGCGUGUUGUUAUUUGUAAUAUGUAUCUAGUUCUAUUCCACUACAAUGAAAGAUAAAAGUGAUACAGAUCCC